GUAGGUGACACGUUUGAAUUAGUCAAGGGGAAACUGAAACUGAAAUCUUAAUUUCUUUAAAACACAAACGCUGAGAAAAUCAGCUUCAACAUCAGAAUUACUUAACAAAAAAUGCCACUUAAAGGGCGGGCACCCGAGGCCGGAGACCUGAUUGAGAUUGACCGAGGGUUUUACAAGCACUGGAGUGUCUAUGUGGGAAAUGAUUACAUUGUCCAUAUAACAGGUCUGACUGGAAUGCCUGACUGGGGCUUUGUUAGCUCUAGCAACAGCAAGGCGAUAGUGAAGAAACAGCCCCUCAAAUGUGUUGUAGGGGACUGCAACUAUAGGGUCAACAACAAGUAUGACGGGAUCCGGCAGGUGUAUCCGGUGACUGAAAUCAUAGACCGGGCAGACAAGGAGGUUGGGAAGACACGGACAUAUCAUGUCUUCGCUAAGAACUGUGAACACUUUGCUAAUGAGAUUCGCUACAACGAAGCAAGAAGUGACCAAUCGGACCUCAUAAUCAACCGGCCCGACGAGCGACCUUGA